AAAUUCGUUCGUCAAUUUAAAUCGAUUAAAAAUUACGUAGUUACUGCCAAAAUUGUACUUAUUGCAAAUUCAGCUCAAGUAUUGAGCUGCCGUACAAAAUUCCAACAUUCAAUAGAUCAGAGAAAGAUGUCGCAGGCCAGCGAAGCUAAGCUUGGCGCCAAUAUGAAGAGUGGCAUGAGGACGGGCGUUCUGCAGCGAGAGCUGAAACUGUGGGAGCGCAUUGAUUGGCCGAAUUGUAUACAGGCGGGCAUCUUCAAGGACUGGGCGUGUCGGUUGCGCAACAAGAGCGCACUGGAAUACUUUAAUCGCUCCAUAUCCAUAUGCCAAACGAAAGGGGAGCACGCUUGCUGCAACAACCGAAUCCUGGAAGUGGGACAGCAGAAGUGCCACUCAGUUGACGCAAAUUACUGCAAAAUGGCCUCGCGAGUGCUUGAGAAACGCAGCAGCUUUCGACGAUCGAUUGGCCAGCCAGAAUUGGCGCUGGAGGAUGCCCAAAAAGCACAUGACCUCCUGGCGCUAGAGGGUAAAUCGAAGCUGAGUAACAUCCUAAACAAGUGCGAUGCGAUCUUGGAGUGCAAUGAGUUUGAAGAUAAUCUCGUGCAGCUCAACAUCGAGAAAUGCAAGUAUAAGGGGAAAAUUGCCAACGAUCGCUUUAAGUUGCGUGCAAACCACGCAACAAGUGUGCUCGAGGAUAGCCUCGGCGAUGCCUUGCAUCCCUUUCUGCUGAACAAUUGGCCCCUGAUUAUGGAGGUGGCACGCUCUCGGCGCACAUCCGUGGCAUUCACGGCCCAGCCCCUCUGGCAGCUGAGCGAGAACGUAGAAUGCGAUGUGGAGAGUCAGAUAGCCAAGGAGAAGACCGUCUAUUCGCCGCUGGAUCGUGCGCGCUAUCGCAUGAGCCAGAACGUCUACAACAAUCACUACCUGCACCGCAGCUCCGCAGAUGUGAACAUGCUGCAGCAGCUGAAGUCAAACAUUAAUUUCUCGCACCUCUUGUCCCACAACUCCAUGCCCUACUUGACCGAGCUGCUGACCGACCAGUAUGCCAUAGUGCAAAAGUUCAUGAAGAUGUGUCACAGCCGCAGCCCCCUCUACUACUGCAGGCAUAUGAAGUGCCGCGGCACGCAGAUCUGCGAGCGGAGUCAGACGACUGCGCUGUUCCGCAUCGAGUAUCAGACGCGACGGGACUGCUUCCGAAUGCUCCGCGAGGUGCACAAGCGGCGGCAGGAGCGGAACAUCGAGCGCCUGACCGACUACAUCGAGCAGAUUAUGUCGACCAAUAUUUUGCUAAGGACAAACCGCACGCUGCCCUGGAAGUGGGAGUUCGUUAACGAAGUGUACAACAUCCUGGCUCUGGCCCACAUCGACAAAUGUGCGGCGCCCAAGAAUGUCGAUUUUCUGGAUCUCAAUAAUCAAUCCGCGCUCUAUUUGCUGGCAGCCGAACGGGCCAAGGAUCUGUCGGUUAAAUUUGGUGGUCACAAUGUUUACGCUGAAAUCGACAAGGAGAAAGAGCGACAAAGUCGUGUGGCCAAGAAGCUGGAACAAUUGUAUUCUCGCCUGAAGCACUCGCGUUUCGCCAUCGAGCGCACGUAUCUGCAGUUUGAAAUCGCGCGCACCCACUUUAAGGAGUCGCGCUACAACAAGGCCCUGAUAUUGGCGCAGAAAGCACUGAUUGAUGCACGCAACUGCAACAGCAACGCUUGGCGCUUCAAUAUCACCUUUCUGAUCUGUCAGGUGCACGCGAAGUUCAAUCGAUUUAAGCGACUUGCCGAUUCGCUAAACAAGGCCAUUCAAUUGGCCGUGCGCCUGCAGUCGCCCAAGCUGAAGGCCUAUUUGGCUCUCUGCCAUGCGGUAAACCAAUAUGAACUGGACUUUGAAAACCGACGACAAUGGGAGUCAAGCUUCAAGGGCCGCAAGCGCAAAGGCCACUCAGUAAGCUCAAUGGAUUCGACGGACAACAAUAUGGAUUAGCCGCUUCGAUGAAUACAGCAAUAGCAACAGCAGCAGCAGCAGCAGCAACAGCAGAAGCAGCAGCAGCAGCAGCAGCAGAGGGCAA